AGUCACAAUGGAUGAUCUGUCUUCUGAAAAGACAGAAAUGCUUCUGCAAUUUCAGGACCUUACAGGUAUCGAUAGCAUGGGACGAUGCAAGGAGCUGCUGGAAUCUUACAACUGGAAUUUAGAAAUAGCAGUCCAGGACCAGUUCAACCAGAAUGAGGGACGAGCACCAGUAAUCCAACACAGUGGACAGUUUCAAUCACCACAAGAUCAAGUGAGAGAACUGACUCGCCCCAUCGCCGUCAAUAUUUUCCACCCUAAUCAACGAAUUUACUAUGCAAGUGCUAUUAGGAGACCGGUCAAUUGGAUCACAUGGCUCAAGUGGCUCUUCGCUUUUCCUUUUCGCUUCACAUUUUCAACUGUGUUUGAUGUAUUCGUUUUCUUUUAUCGUUUUUUCGUUCCCGAUCCGCGAAGUCGAAUCACAGAUCCAUAUGGCGAUGUCAGGUCUUUCAUUGAGAAAUUUGAAAGUUCAUAUGGGUUUAUGCACCCACACUUCGAACGGAUGACGUUUAGCCAGGUGAUGCAGAAAUCAAAAAGUGAAUUUAGAUUCCUAAUUGUGUAUUUAGCUAAUUUCAGUUCUGAAGAUUGCACACUAUUCAACACCGCUUGUUUAGUGAACCCAGACGUUUAUGAGUUUAUCAGCAAUAAUGCGUUGUUCUGGGCCUGCUCAGUCGAGAGUCCGGAGGGGUAUCGAGUUUCGAAGAUUUUCAGGAGCAGAUACGAGCCGUUUGUGGCGGUAGUUUGUCUUCGAGAUAACAGACUGACAGUCGUCGGUCGAAUUGAAGGCGCGCAAAGCGGAGAAGCGUUUUUACAGAGAAUUAGAAGGAUCAUAAACGACAACACCUCAUAUGUCAGAGCAGCGAGGAGUGAAGCAGAUGAUAGGAAUCUGAGCAGGCUUCUCAGAGACCAGCAAGAUGAUGCUUAUCAAGAGUCUUUGAAAAGAGACCGUGAAAAGGCUAAGCAAAAGGAGGAAGAAAACCGAAUGCGUAAAGAACAGGAGGACGCAAUACUCAAACAAAAACAAGAGAAGAAGAUGAAAAAAGCGGAAACUAAACUCCUAAAACGUACGAUCAGAGAAUCUUUCCCAGCGGAACCUGAAUCAGGUAAUCCAGAUGCACUUCCUCUGGCCUUCAAGAUGCCUUCUGGUGAAAGAAUAAACAGAGUAUUCUGUACGCAAGACACUUUGGCGCUGCUGAGAAAUUUUGUAUUUUGCCAAGAGUGCUGUCCACCUAAAUUCGACAUCAUGAAAUCGUUUCCCAGAAAGUGUCUGCCAAAUCCUGAGGCCUCAUCUGGUUCAGAAAUGGAUCAGACUCUGAAAGAGUACGGGUUGAGUAAAAACGAGCUUCUGUUUGUUCAGCAGAAUUUUGACUCUGACGACGAGGAAUCGGAAACGGGCGAAAGUGUGGCCGACUCAUUGCCCAGUUUGACAAACGGCAAAGACCCGAGGGCUGAUGAAACGCUCGAACAAGACUCUGUAGAGGAUGAUGUGGACUUCGUAGGAUCCGAAUCAUCCUCGGAUUACGAGGAAGAAAUUGAAGAUUUCGAUCAUGAGCUGAUUGGCGAUCACGAAUCAACGACGUGAAUCAGAAUAUAUUUAAGGGGAGUCGUAGAAAUAAAUGAGAAUGUAAUUGGAUUAAAUUUCCUGUUGAAUCAAGUCAAUUUUACUCUUUUUCAGCAAAACUGGUUUUAUGUCUUUUCUCUUUUCAGCUAUUUUUCAGUUGAUAACGCUGUUGUGUCGAUCAUUUGUUAUUUUUCUCACGUUAAAGCUUAAAUUUAUGUUGCGAUAUGAAUUUAAAAUUUCCAAGUAUUUAUGUUGUAUUUCGUUAAUCUGGAUUUGAAGUCUGAAUUUGAAACUGCCAUUAACUUGCUCGUUGCGAAAAAUUAUUGAUUGAAGUGAGUGGAAAACGAUAUAUCAUAAAUUAUUCAUUUCAAUAAUAAUACUGUAUGCUAUUUUGAAGGCGAAUCGUUAUCAAAUUACUUAUUUCUAAA